AUGGUCAACUUUGUUACUUCUAUCACAAUCCUCCUCACUGCUGCCUCUGCAGUUGUUGCUGCCCCCGACACACUUGAGAAGCGCGCAGUGGCAUGCAGAGAUGACCGCCCUAACAGUGAACUGGCCAACGCUAAUGAAGCUGCCGCAUGCAUUGUUAACCUCGCCAGCUUAGGCAGCCAGCCUUGCGUUGCUACCAUCUCUGGCCAGUCUUUUUGUAGACGUGGUGACACUCAAAUCACUGGUCUCGCUAGGGGCGCUCCUACGAGAACUUCUACCUGCCGUUCAUACAGUCAGGAGGUGGCUCGCGGUGCUGGCUUUAUUCUGGACAAGUGCACUCGCGGUGAUGGAAAGGUCAGGGGCGCGAAUGAGGCCCGGGCUAAUGGCAACCUCCUUGUUGAUAUUCGCCGAGUUGUUCAAUAA